AUGCCCUGGCUCGAGUACCCAGACACCCGCCCAGCGCCCGCGCCCCGCACCUAGACUCUUCAUCUCCCACCUGCCUCCAAACCUGCUGCCCGCCAGCCUGAACACCAAGAGACCCAAGAUUGUGUACGUGAUGAGAAACCCGAAGGACAACAUGGUGUCCUACUACCACUUCUGUCACGUGUGGAGCAAGCUGGAGACACCUAGCAGCUUCCAGGAUUUCUUCGACCAGUACCUGACAGGGAAAAUAAGUUAUUGUGAUGUGUGGAGCAAGCUGGAGACACCCAGCAGCUUCCAGGAAUUCUUCGACCAGUACCUGACAGGGAAAAUGGUGGGUGGAUCGUGGUUUGAUCACAUCCGUGAGUGGUACACCAAGAGAGAGCAGUAUGACAUUCUCUUUGUCAAGUACGAGGACAUGAUCAAGGUACAGUAAAGGGUUUUCUGCAUCUUAAAUGGAAUCCAGGGCCCUCUUGUCAACAGUAGUGCAUUAAGUAGGGAAUAGGGGGCUAUUUGGGAAGCAGACUCAAGCAGUCUGUCUGCUUCCUUGUCGGUCUGUUUCUCUCUCUCUCUCUCUCUCUCUCUCUCUCUCUCUCGGAGAAACACUUGUAAAACUGUAUGACAUACAGGGCAACUACCCAAUGUCUCCCUCUCUCUCUCUCUCUUCACCCAUCCCUCUCCCCCUCUCUCUCUCUCUCUCUCUUUCUCUCUCUAUCUUCACCCACCCACCCAUCUCUCUCUUACUCUAUCU